CUGUUGAUUACUUUCAUUCUGUGGGCUCUGAUUCUCAUAUGGGAAUGCCAAAGGCACAGAGGAAAAUGGCAAGUUCCCUAGACUCCCCUCUGCUCGACCUCCUUGUCUGCCUCGUCUUGGUCCAGUUGCUUACCCCUUGCUCAGCUCAAUUUUCUGUGAUUGGACCCUUUGGGCCCAUCCUCGCCAUGGUGGGUGAAGAUGCUGAUCUGCCCUGUCAUGUGUCCCCCAAGAUGAGCGCAGAGACCAUGGAGCUGAUGUGGGUGAAAUCUAGUCUUGGGCAGGUAGUAUAUGAGUAUGCAAACGGGCAGGAAGUAGAAGAGCAACAGAUGGCAGAGUAUCGAGGGAGAACGUCUAUUUUAAGAGAUGGCAUCACUGAAGGGAAGGCUACUCUCCGAAUUUAUGAUGUCAGAGCCUCUGACAGCGGAAGCUACCUGUGUUAUUUCCAAGAUGAAAACUUCUCUGAAAAAGCCAUGGUGGAGCUGGAGGUUGCAGACCCCUUCUUCUGGAGGGCCAGUACCUGGAUGGCAACCCUGGCUGGAACCCUGCCUGUCUUGCUGCUGCUUCUCGCAGGGAUGGGUUACUUCCUCUGGCAAACGCAGAAGGAGAAACAGAGCAGAGCAAGGGAAAG